AUGCCGCCCCACCGUGCCGGAGGGGCCGCAGGCGGCGGUGACACCAGCGCGUUCUUCACGGCGACGCUAGUGCUCUGGGCUGUGUCUUUGGGGUUCGAGAUCGGCGUGCGAGGGCGACGCGAGCUUGCGCCCGUGGCCGCCGGCUUCGCCUUCUUCCAAGCCGCCAACGCCGCGCAGACAGACACUUUCCAUUACCAUUUCUUAACACAUUCUUAUAAUGUGCAAGCUGUGAAGAUGUUACACAAAGCAGAAAGCACCAUCUGUUACAUCAUGUCUUUAAAUCUUAGGCUUGUUCAUAUGCUCUAUUGCAUUAGCUCAUCUUUGAAUGAUGCCGUUGCCCUUGCAGUUAUCUUUGUUCUUGCCCAUCAAUGGCGUAAUAAGGGCCUUGAUAACAUGUUUGAGAAUGAAGAACUAUUUGGUGGCAGUUGGAUUGGAGCAUAUUCUGCUCUGUGCUUUUCUUGUGGCUACUUUGCAUAUGACCAACUGGACAUGCUCCGUUACCGGCUGUACAGUGGAUGCAUUCCUGGAAUUCUCAUGCAUCAGUUGAUCCUACUCAUUUGCUUUACACUAGCUCUGUAUAGGAAUGUCACAAUCAACUACCUAAUUCUCUCCCUUGUAUGCGAGCUGCACUCCAUAUUUUUGCAUGUAAGGAAAGUGAGGCGGAUGGUUGGAUUUCGGGAUUUCAACAGAACAAUGGUGAAGCUGGAAUGGGUACUCAACUGGACUACCUUUGUGACAGCAAGGGUGAUAUGCCAUAUCUUGAUUACUUAUAAGCUCAUCGCUGAUGCCCACAAAUUUGGGAAGGGCAUUGAGCUUCCGCUUGCUCUUCUUGGUAUGGCAGGAAUGAAUCUGCUCAACAUAUUUCUAGGGCUCGAUCUACUUAAAGCAUUAAGAAAUCAGCAGAACCAUCAGGAUUGA